AUGUCUUCUCGUAAGAAGAAAAUCGAUCCCAUGUUAUACAUGGGAUACGCAGACGAGAAGGAAUCUAUUGAAUCCAUCGAAGCAAAGUUUGCAAUGAUGGAAAACAAAGAAAGGGAGGGUGAUUUAUCUGCUGAAGAAUCUGCUAAGUCAGUUUUCCUUGAAACAGUCACACCCGAUCAAAUUCCACUCGAUGUAUGGUUCGAUCUUGAAAACUAUGGCGAAGAAGAAGAGCAAUUAAUGGAUGAUAUCUAUGAACCAGGCUAUUACGAUGGAGAUGAAGACAUUCCGAGAUCGAUGCGUCGCUCACACUCAAGAGGAUCUGGCGAAUCUGGUGGUCUUAACUUUGCCAACUUUACUCAGAUCGAUCAUUUAGGUAGUGGUAUUGAACUUUGGCCAGAUUAUAAAUUACGCUCAGUUGAUUGUGAUAAGAAUACAGCCAUGAUUAGUGCAGAGUUUCCAAACGUUCAAGAAGGCCUUUCAUACGAGAGAUUCCAAGAUAUUUGCGAAAAGUGCCCAAUUACAACAAUUCCAAAGAUGACACCUAAAGCAAUAUAUGAAAUUGCUGGAAACAACAUUGAUGCAAUUAUCAUGGACGUUCCAUUCGGUCAUAAUGGCUGGACAGGAGCUACUUUUUAUCAAUUCUUGAGAGAAAUGAAGAAUACGAUUGGCCAGUCAUUCUUUGUUAUUUGGGCUGAUCCUGAACAUCUUCCUGAUGUUGUAGGCGCUUGCACAAGAUUAGAAUUAAAGUUCUGCGAUUCAAUCUCAUGCGAGCUUUUGUCUCCAAUGGGCGAUCCUGUUUCUAUUGAGCUCAAGAACGGCUUCCAUAGAGAAACAAGAAUGCUCGUUAUGUAUCGUACAGAUGAUAUCAGCAGAAAUGACCUUGCUCAGCAGAGAAUCAAGGAUACUGGUUGGGGUAUCUCAGUUCGUGGUGGAAAGACCUAUGAUAGAUAUUCAAUGCCAAUGGUCGCCCACCAAAUUAUUGAAACAAUGCUUCCUCAAAAGAAGAACAAGCGCCGCGUCUUCGUAGAAUUAUGGCCUUCAACUUAUAACAGACGCAACGGCUGGACAAUGAUUAAUGAAGCUGAAUACGAAAAAUAA